UAAAGUGCACGCGACGCACAGGGCGUUCAUCAACCCAUCACCCCUGGCAACCGCGCAUUGUUUCUAGUGGUGUCCUCGGAGACGCGAAUGGCCAGAUAAAAGUAGAGACAGCAAGAAAUUAAGGAAGCUCCUGCUACACGUAGUACUACUGUAUGCACGAGCAUCGGCAUUUUUAAGAUAGUUUCCAUUAUCCAUUUAAAAAUGAUUGAAACUGUCCUCCACGGAGUCCCUGAGGGGGAGAAGAACUCUCUGCUUACCCUGUCUAAACUCUCCGAAAGCGAUAUUGACAUCAUUUGGACACAUAUUUUGUCAUUCAUCAAAGGGCAGAUGGCUCUUCAGAAGGGUGUCAAUGUCCCAGGACUAGGAAUGUUCACUUUAUCUCAAUACAAAUUAGACAUAGGACAUAAAUCACUUAUGAUACAAAGGCCAGUAUUUCAGCUUUCUGAAAAAUUAGCACAAACUCAUGGACUGGAGCAAUACAGAUUACCUAGUGCAGGGGAUGUACCAGUUGUCCCCUUGAACUUCACAAGUAUUGCCUUGGAGAGCUCAUUUGAUCGAGACACAGUCGAAGGAUGUGUGAGAGAUACUCUUAUACUCUUGUCCCGCACCCUUGCUUCCAAACGAAAUGUUUUAUUUAAUUUUUGUGGAAUUGGUGUUCUCUCUGUACGUAAUGGAAAAGUUAAAAUGAAAUUUUACCGGGAUUUCCUCAACUCCAUGGACACCAGUGGCAACUUGUUAAAUUCUCUGUGUAAUAGACCAGGAACAUGCGACUCUGUAAUAUCAAGUCGAGAAAUGUGGCCGCAAAGACCUGGAACAAGUAACACAGUCCUGUUUCCAAGUAUCCAAUCCAAUGAAUUAAUUCAAAAGAAGAAGAUGGAACAAAUUAAAGAAGAGCAGAGAGAGAGUGAAGAAACAGAAAGUGAUCAAAAUGAAGAAAAUGAGUUAAUGAAGGAGCAAGAAAAAGGAGAUUCCUUUAACAACAGAAAUGUGACUAGUAGACAAGCUCUUCAUCCAGCAAAAGUGACUUGGAUCAGCCUCACUGACAACCUACAAGAGGAAGCAAGGCCCAAAACUUCACCAGAAAGGAUUAUCUCUGAAUUCCCAAUACAACAAUCACUUAAUGAGAGACAGGAGCAAGAAUAUGUGAAACCACGAAUACAAAGUCAUCAACAGUCCUUGGGUUCAGCCUGUGUUAGUCAUGGUCGUGCAGGACAGGAGCUGUGUUACUUGUGCAUGCAACGAGCUCAAAGCAAUGUGCCAGUGUCUUUUGCUGAGGAGAGACAGCAUAAGGAAAAAGAUGAUGAACGUGUGCUGAUACAGUAUCAGCAGCAGAAAGACCAAAAUGAACUGCUCAAGCAGCAGGCUCAAUUGUUGGCUGCCCGAGAACAAAAUCAGAAAGUGUCAUCUUUCAACCUUGGUGUUUCAGAAGCUAUUAGAAACAGAAAGAAUGCGCGAUCAACUGAUUUUCAAAAUUCCUAUAUUUUGUUGAAGAGGCCUUUGACCCCGUCACGCUUUCCCAAACAACAGCAAUAUCACCAGAGCCUUGCUCAGCAGGUGGAAAUGCGUAAGGAAAAAGAGUCUAAAAGAAAACAAGAUGAUGAUUUUCUUGACCGACUUGAACAAGUGCAACUAGCUGAAGAUCUUGCUGCUGAAAAGGAAAAACGUUUGACUAAAAAAGCUGAAAGCAUUUCUGCAUAUCAAAAGCAACUUGAUGCACAGCUAAAGUCAAAGCCACCUGGUGUGCCUAAGUUUGAGCCAGAUUCUGAUGGCCCUAUCUUUGGCAUUAAUGACCUAACCAAUGAGAAAUUGCUACAGAAGAGACAGCGUGCUCACCAAAUCUAUAGACAACAACUGGAGGAAUCUGCCAAGAAGAAGAGAGAUGCUCUUUUCAAUCACAUUAUGGAGCAGAAGAAGGAGCAGGACUUGCUUGAGAAAUCUAGGAGAGAACUGAUUACGGACCGUAUGUCUCGCUAUGAGAAGCUCGGCCAUAUACGAAAGUCUCUGCAGGAUGACUGGGCACGAAGUAUUGACAACAAGCAGCAGCGCGAGCAACAAGAGGAGCAGUACACCAAGUCUGGAGGCAUGUUGUUACUGGACCAGUGUGAAAAAUAUAGACGCUGUUUCCAGUGCAAAAGACGCCCAAGUAACUGUGGUGAAUCGAACAUCUGGAAAGAAUCGAGGUACAUCCCUGGAUCACGACUGAUGGUGUAGAAACGAAUAAUUGAAGCUGCGUUAUUUUCUUGUGUGUACUGUUCCUGCUGUGCUCACUGCAGCAGCUGUGCAUACAGUCACUCUGAGUGGAAGCCUACGCUGCAUUACAUGGGGUUUUGGUUGUAGCCCACUUUUUCUGUUUCGAUUUCAGGCAAGUUCUUAGGUGCUUGACAUUCACUGCCUUGCAUAACUCAUCAUACUGCAUAGGAGUAAAACUGCUAGAAAAAUAUUUUUUUCAGUUUGAGGUUAACAAGUACUAAUCACAAAAUGGCGGAGUGAUUUACCCUUUAAAAGUACAUGUUGGUCGGACUUCCGAGUGAGAAUGUCUCUGUGCUCUGCACGUGUGCCAAUGCUGUUACUACUACUACUACUACUACCAAGCUAAUAUAUUUUGCACUGUUUUAUUGUGUCACCCAUCAUUAAGUCACAAGCAUGAGGUGACUAAACAGUCCUGCAUUCUGUUAGGCCACAAAGCCUCAACAUCUGUAAGACUGGUGAGUACAGGAUAGCCUGUGUGGUGGGUGUCAGUUCUAUUUUAAACAUGAUGUGCCAUGGGGUCUGCUAGCGCUUGAAAGAGGCAGCACUGCUGGACGUCAAAAAAACAAACAAAAGCGGGAAGCCAAAUGCUAGAAAACGGCUGCCCACACACACUGUCAAAAUGUCCUUCCUACAUGUGAACAGUUCUCACAAAACCUCUCUAUACCGACCCGAUGCUGUAUGCAAUGUAAUUGUGAAAAAGUUCUAAUAUGGUUAAACAUAUAGAAAAACUGUCCUGAAAACCUCCAUUAUGUAUCUGUACUGUAAUUUCUUAAAAGCGUCCUAGCAAACAGAGUAAGCAAAACCAUAAUGUCACCCAAAAAAAACGUCAAUGUAAGAUGAAGCUUGCAGUGACUGAUUAUCGGUGCAAUCUGAAAACUUGUAUAAAGAAUUGUUAGAAAAUAAUGCAGCGCCUGAUUUAAAUUACCACAGAGUCGGUCAUUUCCUCAAUCAAUGUAUUUCACAUUGCAGCGGGAAUCCUUGAUUUGUUGCACUGCAGAGGCUGGGAGUUUUUGCAACAUGUUACCUGUGUCCGGAUCUUCAGAAGUGAAGUUCAGGGUUGUCAGUUUUAAAAUGUUUGCGGGUUGACGUGGUGGGAAUAAAUCCGUCAGCGGGAGGAAUGUUAGAAUUUCCUAUUGUGUCUUGCUUCAUAGUGCCUGUCUACCAUUUAGUGUUUAAAUAUCUAUUGAUUGUCACCUUUAAAAAAAAUAAUAAAAUUGUCAAAGUCAAAA